AAUCCGGAUUCUGAUCUUUCAUUCCUAAUAAAUAAAUAUAUAAACUCACUGGGUCCUCUCAUUCCAUCACACUGUCUCUCUCUCUCUCUCUCUCUCUCUCUCAAGCUCUCUGAAGACGCAGCUAUCUGCAACGCUCAGAAAACAAACGCCGGCGCUUACUCACUUCUUGUAUCUAACUGUGAAAACUUUGCGAUUUAGUUUCUUCGACUAACCCACUGCUUUGCAGGACUUUGCUUUGUAAUUUUAUUCUUUCUCUUCAGGGUUUUAUUUGUUUUAUUCUAUAUAUUUGUAUUUUUCUUUGUUUUUCGUUUUUCGUUUUCGUUUUUGUUUUCGUUUUUGUUUUUGUUUUUGUUUUUUUGGGUAUUAUCAAUUAUGGAUGCAGGAUUUAAGAAUUCUUCAUCGAACAUGAAGAUACAGUCUCGGUCCCCUCUUCAAGAACAGUUCCUUCAGAGAAGGAAUUCCCGAGAAAAUCUGGACAGAUUCAUUCCAAACAGAUCAGCAAUGGAUUUCGAUUAUGCUCACUACAUGCUGACUGAAUGGAGGAAAGGUAAGGAAAACCCAGCUGUGGCUGUGAGCUCGCCAUCAAGAGAGGCCUACAGGAAGCAACUGGCAGAGACCUUCAACAUGAACAGAACUCGGAUCCUAGCGUUCAAGAACAAGCCUCCUACCCCUGUUGAGCCGAUUCCCCGCGAGUUUACUAAUUCUCUACCCCAUGAUAAACUUGCAAAACAGAGGCGACAUAUUCCUCAGACUUCAGAGCGGACAUUGGAUGCUCCUGAGCUGAUCGAUGAUUAUUACCUGAACUUGUUGGAUUGGGGAAGCUGCAAUGUUCUUGCAAUAGCUCUUGCAAACACAGUAUACUUAUGGGAUGCUUCAGAUGGUUCUACUUCUGAACUUGUUACUGUUGACGAAGAAAAUGGCCCUGUUACAAGUGUUAGUUGGGCUGCUGAUGGCCGGCAUAUUGCUGUUGGGCUGAACAAUUCCGAAGUACAAUUGUGGGACUCAGCCUCUAAUCGACAGUUGAGAACUCUGAAGGGUGGCCACAGACUACGAGUAGGGUCUCUGGCAUGGAACAAUCAUAUACUGACAACUGGUGGUAUGGAUGGUCGGAUCAUCAACAAUGAUGUAAGAGUUAGAUCACACAUUGUUGAAACCUACCGAGGGCAUGAACAGGAAGUCUGUGGGCUGAAAUGGUCAGCCUCAGGUCAGCAAUUAGCAAGUGGAGGGAAUGAUAACGUCCUCCACAUCUGGGACAGAGCAAUGGCAUCAUCAAAUUCACCAACACAGUGGCUUCACAGGCUUGAAGAGCAUACAUCUGCAGUGAAAGCCCUUGCUUGGUGCCCUUUCCAGGGCAAUUUGUUGGCUUCUGGUGGAGGUGGCAGUGAUCGUACCAUAAAGUUCUGGAACACCCACACCGGUGCAUGCCUAAACUCAGUUGACACCGGCUCUCAGGUUUGUUCACUGGUUUGGAACAAGAAUGAAAGGGAGCUGCUUAGUUCACAUGGGUUUACUCAGAAUCAGCUUACACUUUGGAAAUACCCUUCAAUGGUUAAAGUGGCAGAGCUCACUGGCCACACCUCCAGAGUUCUUUAUAUGGCACAGAGCCCAGAUGGUUGCACUGUGGCAUCUGCCGCUGCAGACGAAACACUGAGGUUCUGGAAUGUUUUCGGGGUCCCAGAAGUCUCUAAACCAGCUCCAAAAGCAGCAAACCCCGAGCCUUUUACAAAUUUGAGCCGCAUCCGGUGAUCAAGAACAUGUAAAAAUUGCAUCAGGAUUCUUGAACCAUUUAAUGGAAGUUGGAGAUGCAUAUUUUACCUUUGGGGAUGAAACAGAGGUUUUCUUGUGUUUUCAGUUUGUUUUGAAAAAUCUCAACGUAUACAUACAUCCAUAUACGUACACAGACGAUAAGUCCUGAAUCAUUGUAAACAUCUUGUAGAGUUUGUUCUGUAUCCAAAACAUGGAUGACCUCCUUCAUUUGGAGGUGAAAAAAAAUUGAUGUACAUAUACACACACACAUAUAUAUAUACAAAUAUACUAUGAGUUUGCCUUCAUAAGAAAGCAGACUUACUGAAAUAGAGCUUCUACAUGACUUUUUCACAUAUAAAAAUAGACAUUUCUAUCA